AAAAAUUACUUGGUUUUAAAAAAUUAAAAUAUAAUUUAAUAGUUAACAUUGGCCUUUAUUCUUAGAAUGGAGUUUCCAAUAUUUUUUAAUCUUGAUCGACCAAAUGGUCGUAAACCUUGGAACCGUUUAUCAUACGAUCAAAAGAGGAAGUUAAGGAACAGAUAUUAUGCGUACUUAAAAGAUGCUUCUCAAUCAAAUUUGUCCAACACAGUCAGUUCUAAUCCUGCACAAAAUUGUGCUCAAUUUACGCAAAACGAUUAUAACGUACAAGAAACGUCUGUGCCAGACCCUAAGGAUACCGUGGAAAAUAAUAUGGCUGAAAAUAUAUCAAACUCCAGUCAUGAUUUUGUUUCUGCAAAUACUUCUGCUACUACUCCCAGUACAAGUCAUAUUGCUGCUGAUAAUUUUCAUGAAGAUGUUCCUAACUGUAAUCCUCUGCAAGUAAUGUCUGUUCUACCUGACACAAGUGCUUCUCUUGCUAUUCACGCUAUUGAAGAUAACAUUUGUGAAAAUAUAACCACCUGUGCCAACGAUAAUUUAGUUUCCACCUCAACUUCUACAAGUGCUCCUGAUGUUGAUCAUGUUGUUAAAGACAAUGUUACUGAAGAUGUUCCAUGCUCUGGGCAAAGUAGUUCAAUUACUGCCUCGAUUUCCGAUGAUGCACUAACUUCUGAACCUGGUGCGGAUGACCAAAUAACUAAGUUAACACCGAAUCCAUAUAUUCAUUCAAAUCAUAUAUUCAAAAAGUUAAAAAUUAAUCACCCCGGGUGUUUCCAACAUUCUUUUCAAUCAAAUUUAGCUGAAUGUUUCACAAGUAACAAAAUUAAUCAAACCCAAAGCAAAGCUAUUUUAAAUGUAUUGCAUACUCAUCCGUCUUUGAAAUUUCUUCCGAAAGAUCCUCGCACACUUUUAAUGACACCACGUGAUAAAAUUGAACCAAAAAUUGUCGAACCAGGAAAUUAUCUUCAUUUAGGAAUCGAGUGGAUGCUGUUAUUAACGUUAUCAUCUCUGUCAGCACAUGAAGUUCCCAACGAAUUGAUAAUCGAUUUUAGCACUGAUGGUGCUGAGAUGAAUAAGAAUAUUCAAAUAUGGCCCAUCCAAAUUCGCAUCGUUAAUAUAGAGAAAAUAAAGAAGCCUAUGGGGUAUUCCAUGCCAAAUCGACCACUUUUGACCCCGACCCUUUUCGAUUUGGCCGAAAGUUUUCCAUCCUUUUCUACCCUAUAAAAAACGGUUCUCAGAAUUUUUUUGAAUUUUUUUACCUAACUCCAAAAAAGUUAUGAAUUUUUCAAAAAAAUGGCUUU